ACAUUCCUUAAUUGCUCAGGCCUAGGAUUUCUGAACGUACCGAAGAAUUUACCUGUGAAUACCACAAGACUUGAUUUAAGCAGCAAUAAUAUAACGACCUUGUUUAACAAUGAUUUCAGUGAGCUGACAAACCUUCGAUAUUUAGAUCUUAGUAUAAAUUUGAUAUCGUUGAUACAAAGUGGAUCACGUCUAUUAUCUCCCUUGACCAAACUAGAAGUUUUAGAUAUUUCUAAUAAUGGUCUCGCUUCUUUACCGAAUGAUAUUUUUAGUGAGCUCAAAAAUCUUCAAAUGAUAGUUUUAACUAAUAAUAAACUUAUAUUUAUUCCGGAUGUGACAACAUCGAAUACAAAUUCAAAUUUUCAUAUAUCCUUAUAUGGUAAUGUGUUGUACUGUGGAUGUCCUUCGGUGAAGUUCUUACUGUGGUUG